GGCGCAGGCGCUGGUAGCCAGUUGGUCUGCUCGUUGCUGCUUUGUGAGCGGUGUCCGCUAAGUGCAUCCCAGCUAGCUCUUAGUGUGGAGCAGUGACCUGUGUGUGGUUCCUUCUACUUGGGGAUUAUGCAGAGAGCUUCCCGUCUGAAGAGAGAGCUGCACAUGCUGGCCACAGAACCACCCCCAGGCAUCACAUGUUGGCAAGAUAAAGACCAAAUGGAUGAUCUGCGAGCUCAAAUAUUAGGUGGAGCCAACACACCUUAUGAGAAAGGUGUUUUUAAACUAGAAGUUACCAUUCCUGAGAGGUACCCAUUUGAACCUCCUCAGAUCCGAUUUCUCACUCCAAUUUAUCAUCCAAACAUUGAUUCUGCUGGAAGGAUUUGUCUAGAUGUUCUCAAAUUGCCACCAAAAGGUGCUUGGAGACCAUCCCUCAACAUCGCAACUGUAUUGACCUCUAUUCAACUGCUCAUGUCAGAACCCAACCCUGAUGACCCACUCAUGGCUGACAUAUCCUCAGAAUUUAAAUAUAAUAAGCCAGUCUUCCUCAAGAAUGCCAGGCAGUGGACAGAGAAGCAUGCAAGACAGAAACAAAAGGCUGAUGAGGAGGAGAUGCUUAAUAAUCUACCAGACGCUCAUGACUCCAGAGUACACAACUCAACACAGAAAAGAAAGACCAGUCAGCUAGUAGGCAUAGAAAAGAAAUUUCAUACUGAUGUUUAGGGGAUUUGUCCUGGUCCAUCUUAGUUAAUAUGUUCUUUGCCAAGGUGAUCUAAGUUACCUACCUUGAAUUUUUUUAAAAAUAUAUUUGUUGACAUAAUUUUUGUGUAGUUUAUUUAUCUUGUACAUAUGUAUUUUGAAAUCUUUUAAGCCUGGAAAAUAAAUAGUCAUUUAAUGUUGAA